GCCCCGGGAAGCGCGGCCGCGGCGCGCCGGAACGGGUGGGGCCCGUGCAGCGCGGCCGGAAGUGGCGGGGGCCGCGCGUCGCAGCUUCCGGCGGGAGAAGGAGUGCGGUGCGAUCGGCGGCGGCGGGGGGAGCACGGAGAGCCGCAAACAUGACGGUGGGGAAGAGCAGCAAGAUGCUGCAGCACAUCGACUACCGCAUGCGGUGCAUCCUGCAGGAUGGGCGCGUUUUCAUCGGCACGUUCAAGGCCUUCGAUAAGCACAUGAACCUCAUCCUCUGCGACUGCGACGAGUUCCGCAAGAUCAAACCUAAAAAUUCAAAACAGCCAGAGCGGGAAGAGAAACGAGUCCUUGGUCUUGUGUUGCUGCGAGGGGAAAACCUGGUGUCCAUGACGGUUGAAGGACCACCUCCAAAAGAUACUGGAAUUGCCCGGGUACCCCUUGCUGGAGCUGCUGGAGGACCUGGUGUUGGGAGAGCAGCAGGGAGGGGAGUUCCAGCUGGGGCUCCCAUGCCACAGGCUCCAGCAGGAUUAGCUGGCCCUGUCAGAGGAGUGGGAGGACCAUCCCAACAGGUUAUGACACCCCAGGGUCGUGGAACAGUUGCAGCUGCUGCUGCAGCAGCCACUGCCAGCAUAGCAGGAGCCCCAACUCAAUACACACCAGGGCGUGGGGGUCCUCCCCCACCCAUGAGCAGAGGAGCCCCUCCUCCAGGAAUGAUGGGACCUCCUCCAGGCAUGAGACCACCAAUGGGCCCACCCAUGGGAAUGCCACCUGGCCGAGGGGCUCCCAUGGGAAUGCCCCCCCCAGGCAUGAGACCACCACCCCCAGGAAUGAGAGGACCCCCUCCACCUGGCAUGCGCCCCCCAAGGCCAUGAGAAUUCUGUGAUGUACCUCUGAACUGGGAGAAGACCAAGGAAGGGGAUACGCUGAGCAGUACCACUCUCAGACUUUGCUAUGUAUAUUUUAUAUCUACUGCUGGUAAUGUUUGCCCUUUCUAAUAAAGCAGGAAAACCUAGUACUAGGA